AUGCGAGCAUUUGUUGUAUUGUACUGGGAUACGCCAAGGUUUGACCAAUGCCUUCUGGACGCCAUCUAUGGCUUGCCCACAUUCGAGAAUCCCGAUGAACAAAGCCCAAGCCAUAUUUCACGACACCAUCACAUAAGUAAGACCAUGCUUGAAGGGCUUCUUACUUCAAAAUUGAAAAUCAAGGGCGAGUGGCGACCGCUGACUCGAGAGAUUCUCCGCUCGGUACAGGUGACUAGAACUACGAUCGAGGGAGCUGCAGAGGACCUAUACGAGCGCGCCUUCGUACGCCUCGCGCUAGACCAGCUUCCGUUGUCCCGAAUUGUUCAGGAUCUGGUUCCGACUGGGACUUCGUGUGAAAGAAAUGCAGCUCGUCUCCUCGACAAUGCACUUGCUGCAGCAGUUUUCCUGAACCGGGCUUCCGAUGUGCAGGCUUUCAUGGAGCUCGGAGCUAAUGCUUCUGGCCGAACAACGUGGUUUGGUGAUACCUUAGUCGUCGCUGGAUCUCACGCAGGGGUGGACGUUUUCUAUCUCAUUUUAAGGGCUACUCUGCGGUCGCACCGGAACUUGGCGAUAUCCCGGCUUAUCAUGUCCCUCGAGCACGCCGCCGAACGUGGGAGAGCUGCUUUGUUCUGCCCACGACUGUGGGCCGAGAUAGAGAGACUGUUCACGGAUUUGUCGCCUUCUCACUGCUUUGGCCCGGCCCUGAAGAGCGCCGCCCUAGCAUCUCAGAACAGCACUGUGCUAGCCAUCUUUGAAUUGCUUCAUACGCAUGGUGUUGCUCUCGAAGUCGCAUUCAGCAACGAGUUUUGGGCUGAGACUCUUCGAAUCGUGGCGGCGAAUGGAUCUAUCUGCGUGGCACAGCUUAUCCUUGGCAAUACUUCGCAGUUCCAACACCCGGGUAGCUUGGAUGUUCAUCUUGAGGAUGCUUGCCGAAACGGUCAUUUUUCAAUGGUGCGGCUUCUAAUCUCGCACAAGCAAGUAAACUCAUACGCGGGAGCGAUGUACUGGGCCGCUCGUGGCCUUCACUACGAAAUUUUACGUUUCCUUUCCUGUCAUCCUCCACGAUCUGGUUCGAUGAGCGUUGAAGACGCUUUGUGUGGUGCGUUCGCGGAUCGAACUCAUUUGGCUUCCGUGAUGGAGACAAUGUCGAGUCUCACAUCUGUAGACCAGGCUAGUCGGGAGCAAAGCUUCUGUCAGAUGGCUGUAAGAUUACAACUGGACGCCGUGCGGGCUCACAAUCAGCAGAAUAAUCCACCAGCUGAGACCGAUGGAGAUCCAUUCCAAAGUCUUUUGCCGAUCGGUCAAGUCAAGCUCGCGCAAGCAUGCUCAGCGGGGGAUUUUCCUACUUUCUGCCGCCUUGUGUGUGCACCUGACGAACACUAUGCGGCCGAGAAUUAUACAGCAGGAGCGUUUUCGUCAACCAUCAACUACCAGCGUCCUGGAAUGCUUCAGUUCUUGUGCGAGAAAUUUCCCUCAAGCAAGUUUUACUUGAUGUAA